AUGGAUGGCUUCCCUCCUUCUCCGCCUCUCCAUUGCUUCUGGAAGCCACGCAGAACAACUGUGGGUUCCAUUCCGUGCGUGGCAGGCCGGUCCCAGCCUGUGCGAGGCGACGAUCGGCAGAACGAACGAAGGGGACAGCGAGUCGGGUUCUGUUCUCAAGACUCAGGUCCCCUUCCCGGCGGCACCUUGCUGGCUCCUGUCAAGGCAUCCGUACCUUGCGAAGAUAUGUGA